UCCUAAUGUUUGUAUAUACCUGCAAUUGUCAAUAUGGAUGUAUUGCUCUUCUAAUGUUUGGUUUAGCAAUUCAGUUAAAAACAAGUAUAGAAACCUUACGAAGUUAAUCUAAUCUUACACGCAGUUUUAACCAAGCUUUUAAGUAUGAAAGAUUCGUGCUUUGUGUUACUUCAAUCAUUCUACUGGAUUACUCAUCUUCAACCAUCAUACUGGAUUACCCAUGUUGAAGUUAUCCUACUCCAAAUUGCUGCCUUGGAACUGACAAUCAGUCAACCCCAAGAAAGAAAGAACGCCAAAGUUCAGACUCGGCAAAUACAAGUAGAACGACAGUUGCACGAGGUUCACGUGAACGUUGCCAAGAAACUGGAGGAAGCUGAGCAGCAAGUCGGGGAACUACAAAGUGCCUUGGAACUAGCCAAGUCCGAGUUCUUACAUUUGAAGUCCAAAUACGAUGUCAACCCUAACACUAGAUCGGACGUAAUGGAAGUCUUCUUAAAUGAUUUGGAACGAGCCAAUCAGGUUAUCUUGCAGUGGUGUAUUUUAUAAGCAACAAUUCAACUGUUUAUAAACUUCGAAGCAACUGGAGUUAGUGAGCAGGAAGUGACAUUUGCCGCUAGAAAAAUCUUUUUUUUUAACCAUAUACGCUGUAAACGUGGUCACACUACGAUGUCGGAGUUCAUGUGGUGGACCCUAAGUCAGUUAAUCACUUUAUGUGGUGGACGCUAAGUCAAUAAGUUACUUCAUGUGAUGGACCCUAAGUCAAUAAGUCAUUGAAAGCAGUUCUCAUCGAAAUUUCUAGCACUUCUUCAGGACUACAAAGUCUCCUAUAUUAUAUGCCGUGAAUGUUGUAGGCACUCGAUAACUGGAUAUCAUUUCUUUUUUUACACUGAUGAUUUAUAAUUGUGUUUUUCUAAGCAACUUGAUUUUUGAUUAAACAAAAACAAACAAACACAAGUUUAGCACAGUUGAUAUGAAACAAAAAAACUCAAAGAAAACAAGACUUACCUGUGUUACCUUUGUUUGCAAGUUGUAAACAAUUAUAUCGUCAUAUAAUGAUAACAACUAUAUUAGACGCACCCUUCAUUAGAGUAAUUUCUACAAUACUUUGCAUUGUUCUGAAAAAUAAAACUUUCCUUUCUGUUUUAAAACACCAUAACUCGCUUGCCUAGUAAUUGUAUUAAUAGCCUGUUUUUCUCAAUACGGUUUUCAUAAGAAAAAAUAAGCAAACAAAAAACAAUAACAGCGCAACCUGAAAACAAAGAUAAAUACCGUGUAAUAAAUAAAUUUACAUAAUAAUAAGAAUUCUGAAAAGGUAUGGAAAAGCAUAAAGCUUUUGAGAAUAAUAAUUUAUUCACUGGGUUUGUAGUGGUAUUACUUUUUACACUUUGCAAUCUUCAGAGAAGAAAGAUUAAAAAUGCACAUAUUCAAUGAACUAGUUUCUUAGCUGUUGAUAAAUGGAAGCAAUCAUGUAAAAGUAACAAUUUCAAAGAAUGGAUUAUAUGAUAAGUAAUUCAUGCAUUCCGAGUGUUACCUUUCCCUUGUUGGACG